AUGUUUGCCUUGGAUAGGUUCCUCCUCCUCACUUGUAAAAGGUGUGGCCGAUUACACGUAAUCAGCAACUCGCAGGAGGUGUUCACCCACGUCACCCGCUUGCGGGAGACCUUCCCAGCACACCAUCGGGAAGCCCUCACCCUCAUGCCUCACGACAUCUGGUAUCCCGCGGACCACGCGCAUCUGGCAGCCAAGUACCGCCCCUGCUCCACCCAACGUCUUUUUCUCCCGCAGGCGCUGCCAGACGUAGAGCUCGUGAUGUACGUGGACACAGACGUUCUCUUCCUACGGCCGCCAGAGCAGCUCUGGCGGGAGUUCGACAACUUCAACAGCGAACAGCUGCUCGCUGCCGCCCCGCCAGUCUUCAUGAGGGAGGGGCGGGAUGAGUCGACGCUGUUCAACAAACGAGGCUUCAACGCCGGCCUGUUGUUGUUGAACCUGACGCGCAUGCGCCGGUGGGGGGAGCGCGGUGAGGGGACGGAGGAAAGGUGGGGAGAGGGGGAGCGAUGGGUGGGGGAGGUGCUGGAUGCUCUCAAGAACCCCAACCUGGACAGCGACCAGGACCUGCUUAACUACAUAUUUAAUCAGAUGUAA